AUGAAGAUCAAGGGAUUGUUGGCACAGGUUCGCACGUGUGAGGAAGAGCGAAAACUAGUCGAUAAACUCCGAGACAUUGGUCUCGGACAGUACAUCGAGCUGCCACAGAUUGCAGUCAUGGGCGAUACCUCCAGUGGAAAAUCGUCUCUGCUGUCGGCACUCUCGGGUGUAUCCUUCCCGUCGAACGACCAACUCACGACGAGAUGCCCCACGCAGCUUAUUCUGACUCGUGCGGAUACUUUCCGCGGCACCGUACGUCUCGUCCGGUUUCAAUCAAGUAGUGAGAACGACGAAGGUGAAGAGAAACAAGAGCUCAACCGACUCGAAGACGUCCCCGAUGCCAUCACCAAACUCACCCAGAAACUUGUCGACGAAGGUCAAAACAUCAGCGAUGACCAGAUCGUGAUCGAGAUGUGUGGCCCCGAAUUGCCUAAUCUCACUCUCACGGAUCUACCUGGACUGGUGCGUACAGUUGGUGACCGUGAAGACCAGAGUAUCAUUCCAAGAGUUCGGCAGAUGGUGGACAGAUACAUGAAGCAGGAGCGUACUGUGAUCAUCGCUGUGGUGCCAGCCAAUGUGGACAUGCACAACACCAAGAUCCUACAAGCAGCCCAAGAAGCUGAUCCGAAUGGUACGCGCACGAUUGCAGUAGUGACGAAGAUGGAUUUGGUGGAUACUGGCGCCGAGUUGGCAGUGCAUGAAUUGCUGUUGAACAAGAAGAAGAAAAUGCGUCUGGGAUAUCACGCCGUGAAGUGCCGUAACCAGCGUGAAUUGAGCAAAGGAACGAGUAUCGAGAAAGGUUUGGCGAAUGAGAUCGCCUUCUUCGGUCAGCACGAAUACUGGAACCGACUACCUACACAUCUGUGGGGUGUCCCGAAGCUGGCGGAGCG